ACAGAUCAAACGACGGAGGGCCUAAUGGACUCCCCGGAGAAAAUGUGGGCCGGGAAACAUGGUAGUUGUAGGUACUUUAGAUUGGGCUGAUUGGUUUACUAGAUUGACGUGGUCGAGUUCCCCGACCACACCCCGACGAACACAGUCUACGUGGAACAACGAAAGUAAACAUCAGCUCCGAAGAAAUUUGUACUAUUAAGUUAAACAAGAUGGGGAGCAGGGCCAAGUACAAUGGUGGCAGUGGUGUUGGCGGAGGAGGAGGCGGAGAAGACGAAUUGAAGCAAUUAACGGCUGAGCUGGGCAAAACCCUAAAAGAAGGAGAGAGAAUACUGGCCCCAACUCGACGGCCCGACGGCACUCUCCGUAAGCCCAUUAAGAUUAGGGCGGGUUAUGUUCCUCAAGAAGAAGUUGCCAUUUAUCAAUCCAAAGGCUCCCUAUGGAAAAAGGAGAUGGCGUCGUUGCAGGAUGUGCCGCCGGGGUACGAUCCGGUGACGGAUGCCUCCAAGCCCAAGACUAAAUCCGCUAAGAGGAAUGAACGAAAGAAGGAAAAGCGUUUGCAGGCUGCUCUUGAAAAGGGUAAAGAUUCUGAAAAAAAUGAUACCUCCUCGGUGGAAGAUUCAAAUAACGUGCUGGAGCCUGAAGGGACAAUUGCAUCCCAGAUGAAUGAGCUCAAUAUAUCUUCAAAUCCUUCCGUGGUUAAUCCUCCUCCAAGUUCAGAAGAAAGUUUGACUCCAGCUGAUCAUGUUCAGGAUAUUGACAAGAAGAUACGUGCAUUGAAAAAGAAGAUACGGUUGACAGAAGCUCAAAAGCAGAAAACCAUGGAGCAAGAGAUGAACCCAGAGCAGUUGGAGAAGGUAGCAAAAUUAGAAGGUUGGUGUGAAGAGUUGAAGCUUCUGGAGGAUAAGAAGGCUGAACUGGUUGCUGCAGCAUCCUGAUUUUAUAGGUUUACAAGACGCUGUUGAUGCUAGUUAUGUUGGUUGAUGGAAUGUAAUCACUGCAUGAUAGAUUUUUUUUCUUCUAUCAAGAUUUUGUUCUCAUGAA